ACAUCAUAACAAUUCAUUUCGCAAGACAAGUUGACAAAUAAUGGAGGACGAGUUACGUUGUGCAUUUUGUAAACAAUUAUACAGUAAUCCCGUGUUAUUACCAUGUUAUCAUGCAUUAUGCUUAAAUUGUGCUAUACAAAUUCAAACACCUCCAACACAACAAGUAUCCCAAGCCACUUCAGACAAUGCAGAAAGUGUAGCCUCUGGCAGUUCAGGAGACUACCAAGAAAGCGACAAAUUGUCGAUAUUAAGUGAAACAGACAGUGGAGUUGUUUGCACAUCCAGGCCUAAUAGUUAUAUUGGAUCUCCUAAUGGAGUUAUAUACAGUGCAUUGAGUUUAAUUUGCCCAUUGUGCUCAAAAGUAGUGUACUUUGAUGAAAAUGGAGCAUAUAAUUUGCCGAGAUAUAGAGUAAUGAAAAACAUUGUUGAUAAAUAUGGAGAACUGAGAAAUUUCCAUUUGAAAUGCCAGAUGUGCGAGUCUGAACCCCACAAUGAUGCCACAAUUAUGUGUGAACAAUGUGAAAUUCUUUAUUGCGAUUCUUGUAGAGAAUCAUGCCACCCUCUUAGGGGACCAUUAGCAAAACAUGUACUCACUGAAUCUCAAAGAGCAUUUUUGAUGUCUAAAGCAAAAGAUGGGAAGUGCAUAGAACAUGGAGAUGAAAUGUUGACAAUGUAUUGCUUAGUUUGUAAGAUUAGUGUAUGUGCAGUUUGCUUAAUGGAUACACGACAUGCAGCUCAUGAUGUGCAAAGUCUUGGGAUGAUGUGUAAAGCUCAAAAGACUGAAUUAUCUCACAAUUUGCAACAACUUUCUGAACGUGCUAAGUCUACAACUGAAUUUAUUCAACGUCUUAAAGGAAUGAGUGAUAAAGUUAAUGAAAACUGUGAGGAUUUUGAGGCCAUUGUUACUGCUCAAUGCGAUGCUCUUAUAGAAGCUAUACAUUUAAGACGAGCUCAACUCCUAGAAUGCAUUAGACAAGAUAAGGAGAUUAGAAUAAGGGCCUUAAAAGAGCAAGUAACCACUUGUACGAGUCGGUUGCAACAAACUACAGCUUUACUUCAGUUUUGUAUUGAGGCACUGAAAGAAACAGAUAGUUCUGCUUUCUUACAAGUUAGUUCCAUGUUGAUCGGAAGAGUUUCAAAUACAGAUCAAUCCUGGCAUAAAGAGUGGACAGCACCACGUGUAUCGCCUCAUUUUGAUCUCACCCUUGAUGAUAAAUCUGUACUUAGAGCAAUUGAACAGCUUAAUUUUAUACAAAUGAAACCAUAUGUAGAUGGAGAAGAGAGAGUGCCAGCAGCACCUGGUGCUCCUACCAUGAUGCCAGAGGAAUGUAGUGCUGAGAAUAAUUCCGUAACAGUUGCUUGGAGGCCUCCUGCUCACAGUCACGUUGAAGGAUACGUUUUAGAAUUAGAUGACGGUAAUGGGGGAGAUUUUAGGGAGGUGUAUUGCGGUGUAGAAACUAUAUGCACUGUUGAUGGUCUACACUUCAAUUCAAUGUAUAAUGCAAGAGUCAAAGCGUUCAACAAUUCUGGAGAAGGAGAAUAUAGCGAACUCAUUGGUUUACAGACAGCCGAAGUGGCGUGGUUUACAUUCGACCCUAUACUGUCCGGCUCUGGCCUGCAGUAUUCCCAGGAAGCUAUGAAUGUAACUGGAGAAGGUUGGGAACAUAUGGUAGCUUUGGGAAGCGUUGGUUUUAGCCGUGGCGUACACUACUGGGAAUUCACAAUCGAGAAAUUUAAUGCAGAUACAGACCCAGCUUUUGGUAUUGCAAGGAUUGAUGUAGCUAGGGAUAAAAUGUUAGGAAAAGAUGACAAAGGAUGGGCCAUGUAUAUAGACAGGCAACGUUCAUGGUUUCAACAUGCUGGUGCUCAUGAACAGCGUGUAGAAGGCGGAAUCUCGGCAGGUUCCAGCAUCGGUGUUCUUUUGGAUUUAGAUCAGCAUACUCUUUCGUUUUUUGUUAAUGAAGAACCACAAGGUAAUAUAGCUUUCAGAGAUCUAUAUGGAGUUUUUUAUCCUGCUAUCAGUUUGAAUAGAGGGGUAAGUGUAACUUUGCACAGCGCACUAGAUGCUCCUUCAGAUGUUGAGGAAACUUGAUAAAGAGGUGACAUUAUUAUGGUGUUAUUUUUGUUUCACUUCUUUGUCCUGUUGCAAAGGUUGAAAAACAAUUGGUGUAUGAUAAAUGGAGAUAUUCGGGAUAAUUAACUCUUACGUGAAAAUGAUAUUAUCUAACCAAACAUAUUUAAAAUACUGCUGUACCCUCUCUUUUUGAAUUUUCAAAAAAAAAAGAAAAAACAAUAAUCAAAUAUUCUGAAGAGUAAAUUAUCCAUGAAAAUACUAAUUAUUCUUUGACCUGUUAUUGUUUCAAUCAAAGUUUUUCUCUCGAAUUUAAAUGACUAAUCUAUUUUGAAAUAUGUGUAAAAGUCAAAGAUUCAUAUAAUCUCUCAAUAUAUUUAUUUAUGUGUUCUUAUACACUAAAUUCACUGCCAGAACAAAGAAGUUGCCAUAUUUUUUUUCUCAAAUAUAUAUUUAUUUGUGCUUGUUUGGGGCCAUAAGUGAUCCAUUUUUGUCAGUUUGAAUCUUGAAAUUGGUAUAUCGGUGCAAGUUAAUGACACAUAUAUAUGUACUUAUGAUUCGGUAGGUUUCAGAUAAGACUUUUUUAUACAAGGUAACAAUAAUUAAUUAUUACAAUUCUCAUAAUUAUUCAUCCCACAUAUAAUCAUCAAUAAAUGAAAGUCUCAUUUUUUUACAUCUUCAAGGUUCCUUUUAUAUCUCAGGAAUUUUGAAGAUAGUGUGUUUUAUCAAUUUUUCAUUGUUUUAACUUUUUUAUUGCUUGUACUUAAUUUUUUUAAUAUAGCAUUCGCAACUUUCAGUAGUAACCAUCAUAUAUUUAAAUGUCUUCCCACUAAUCGAUGUUUCACAAGGUAUAGAAUUAGAAUACUUUGGAUAGACUUACCACUUUUUGAAGGCAGCUACAUAAUGACAAAAAAUGAAUCUACAAUAGUCAUUUUUGAGACUUUUUGAAGUCAAUUUCCAAUUUCCGUAGGGUAUUAAUGCUGUGAUGUUUUUGAGGGAAUGUUCAAACGAUUAUUUAUUUGUGUAAAAGUAUAUAUUCCAAAUAAUUCGGAGACUAAUCAAUAUACUUCUAGGUUUCAAUCUGACGUAAAACAAGAGUGUUGACUUUUUUUCGUUUUAUUUAUCUAUGAAAAUACUAUGUCAUGUUAAUUAUAUAUAAGUAUUAUACAUAACGGUUUUUGUAUAAAAAUAACAUGACAUAAUGUUAUUUUUGUUUGUUAUGUUUCCUUAUAAACUGGGAUGUUUCCUCAUUAAGCAACAGCAAUUUGAAUCACAAACACUGUUGUUGAAAUCAUAAAGCUUUAUUUUUCAUUCCAUUUUUGUUUGUAAGUUUCUGUGUGAUUUAUUUAUUUGGAUUAAUUUAUUUAUAUGUAUAUAUUUGUAGUGUCACCUCCUUUCACUAUUGUUUGGUGAUGUGGUGAUUAAAAAAAAUAACAAUUCCAUAAUAUUUGUACUAAUUUGAUAUAUUUUGGAAGUGUUUUUAUGACUAAAAAUUGUUAUUGGAAAAAAAUCUAAUAUUAUCAAAGAAAAAUAAAAUUGCUAAUUCCUGAAAAUCAUUCUGGCUUAAAUUUUUUUUGUGCAGCCUCAUUUAUGAUCUUUAUACUCUGUAAUAAAUUGAAAAUGCUAUCUUGCCUCAUUGAUAAAGAAAAACAAUUAAUUAAAAGUGUUUGAAAUAAACAUGGAAAGACUGAUGAUUGCAAAAUCGUUAUUUCAUGAUAACCCACUAAUUGAAGACAUAUCCAUUUGAUGUUUGAACUGAUUGUUUUGUAAUCAUAUUACGAUUUCUCUUCUUUACAUAAAGUAUUAGGUAAAUAUUCAUAAUUUAUGUGAACUUGAUAUUUUACAACUUCACAUAACUUUUAAUUAUGGUAUAUGUAUUGUUAAAAACUUACCCUUUAAUUCAAUAUUAAAGCUGAAUCUCCAAAUGAAAUUUUUGAGAAUAUUGCAAAAUUGAUGUUUUUGAAAGAUUCUCAGUGGUCAUUAUUUGUCAUAAUUAUUCUGAUAUUAAUUAUGGAUAUUUAUCAAUGUUACUCUGGAAUUCAAUUUUAUGUAUCUCACUUGUAUAUAGAAUAAAUAAUCAAAUUAAAGUUUUUU